ACGUCAGGGUGUUUCUGCACCACCGACUGAUAACCUGUUCGGUGGGCUAAAGAGGAUCUGGGAGCAGCCAGUUAGUGAGGGAGACGGAGAAAUCAUCUCCCCUUUCAGCUGCAGCCAGCCAUCUGGUCCUUUCUCUUUUCCUGCAGCAGCAGAAGCAGCAUUCGUGAGUCCCAGGAGAUUCCUUGCGGCAUCCCACGAUGUCUGUAGCAGGGCUGAAGAAGCAGUUCCACAAAGCCACUCAGGUAUUAGGGAGUGCAAGGUGGAGUUGAAGGAAGGAACAAUGGAAGGACAGAAGAUACCUUUGUGCUUCCGUGUUUAAGUAAACGUGACCACCAGCAUGUUCUCUUCAAGGGAGAAGUAUCUUCUGUCCUAGCAUUUCUCUGUGGUGCAGCACUGUGAUGGCAGCCUUUCUCUAGACCCUUGCUUCAGCAUUUAGUAGCGAGGCUUCUGUCUGCCUUUUUAAACCACAGUGUAAUCAAAGGUGACCGAUAGACCAUGAGGCCUCAUUACCACCAGCAGCAUCUUCCUCAUCUAAACCAUGGCAAAAAUUACAAAAAAAAAAAAAAAUUGUAUUGUCUGUUUGUGUUGUCUUGUUAUAUGUUUUGCAGUUGUUUGUUUGGUUUGUUUUAAGUUGUCACAGUUUAAAUACAUAUGAAUAUAAAGAUAUGAUAAAAAGAAUUGGAAAUACUACCUCUAAAAAUUGAAUUUGUCUGUGGAUCACAGACCAGAACACUUCUGUCCAUUUGGACUGGAAAGUUGUUCUAAUAUUUGAAACAAGGGCAGCAAUUCAUAUAAAGUUUUAAAUUCCACUUGAUUAGCAAAAUUAUAUUUAUUAGAGGUUAUGUGUAUUUUGUUUAUUCUUUUUAUUUCUUUUUCCCCCUUCUCUGAACCAUCUGAUAAAAUGUCAAAAUGUUUUGUUUUUGUUUUUUCCCUUCACUCAAGGAUUUAAAAGCUAUUUAGAAUAUCAGUAUAACAAGAUGUGUGUAAAAGGAAACUGCAUUCAAAGUCAUAUUUAAUUUGACAUUAUUUUAAUAAGUGAAGAGAUGCUUAUUAAUGGCAUGAUAUUGAGAUCCUGAGCAUUGGCCUGACCCCACAGGGCAACAGUAAGUCCUGAAGAAUGAGAGGAUAGAAAAAAAUGUCUAGAAGUGCAACACUAAUUAGAAUGCCCAGAAGUGAGUAUUUGUCAACUGUACUAUUGCCUCAAUUCACAUACCCAGCAUUGUUCUCUCUCUCUGUGCCACUAGUGGGUUUUUUUGGGGAGGAUGGGGGUGGAGAGGUUGUCAGCUUUCCCUUCAUAAUUUAAAUCACAAGAAUCGUUUGUGAGAGGCAAGGAUUUUUUUUUUUUUGGAGUGAUAUCUUUUAUUGGACCAACUGUAUAGUUGGAAUAAAGUUAGACAAGCUUUCAAAUGCAAAGACCUGGUAAAGAAUGUCUUGCAGUCAAAAGCUAGUCUAACUUUAUUCCAACUGUGCAGUUGGUCCAAUAAACAAUAUCGAUCCAAAAAAACCUCUUGUCUCUUGCAUAAUUAUGACUACAACAUCACUCCACCUCUUGACCUUUCAUGACUUUGGCUGUCUGAUGGGUGGUUGUUGUGUCCAGUUAUUUGAAUACCAGGUCAAAUGCGAACCAGUGGGUGGCAAGCUAGUUUGUCAGUGGUCUAAAAGAUCACAUCACUGUAAUCCAAAACCAGAGUACACCUGAUUUGCACUUCGAUUCUCAGCUCAUACCUAUUUAUUAUUAUAAAGAGAACUAUCCUCAUGCUUCUGGGUAUUACUUUUUACACAGAAGCAGUAGUUUAAACGUAUCAAAUCCUCAGAGUUUUAGGGCCUGUUUUUGUAGAGAGAAAAUAAAUUACUAGCAAUAAUCACAUUUAUGGCCUUUACUAAGAGGGCUGCGAUAUUUGAAGGGCAGUGAAUGGUGUGCUUAUACUUUUUAAGCUCUUCAGAGCAGGGGUACUUUGUAUUGGAACAGAAAAGGCAGAAAAAGGAAUGGUUAUUUCCUAUUUUUACAGAUGGAGAGCUGAGGCAAGAAGGGAUUAAAUGACUCACACAAGGAAACAUGAAAAGUCUAGCAAAUCCAGGAAUUGAACCUGAUUAUUCCAAUGAUUCAAAGUUCUAUGUAUGAAUUAUAAGGCUAACAAAAACCAUGAAGUUUCCCCAGCUCAAACAUGAGCACCAUGAUAUUUAACAAAGUGAGUGAGAAGGUUGGAGGUGCAGAAGGAACGAAGUUGGAUGAGGACUUCAAAGAAAUGGAAAGGAAAGUGGAUGUCACCAGCAGGGCCGUCAUGGAAAUAAUGGCCAAGACAAUAGAGUAUCUUCAGCCCAACCCAGCUUCUAGAGCUAAACUCAGCAUGAUCAACACAAUGUCAAAAAUUCGAGGCCAGGAAAAAGGACCAGGCUACCCUCAGGCUGAAGCCCUGCUGGCAGAUGCUAUGCUGAAGUUUGGACGAGAACUCGGAGAUGAAUGCAAUUUUGGCCCAGCCUUGGCUGAUGUUGGAGAAGCUAUGAGAGAGCUUUCUGAGGUUAAAGAUUCUUUGGACAUUGAAGUAAAGCAAAAUUUCAUUGACCCCCUACAGAAUCUCCAUGACAAAGAUUUGAGAGAAAUACAGCACCACCUCAAGAAAAUGGAAGGCCGACGUCUGGACUUUGAUUACAAGAAGAAAAGACAAGGGAAGCUCCCAGAUGACGAACUUCGCCAAGCCCUGGACAAGUUUGAUGAAUCCAAAGAAAUUGCUGAGUCAAGCAUGUUUAACCUUCUGGAGAUGGAUAUUGAACAAGUGAGCCAGCUUUCUGCUCUUGUACAAGCCCAGCUGGAGUACCAUAAGCAGGCAUCACAGAUCCUACAACAGGUUACUGUCAAGCUGGAAGAAAGAAUAAAAGAUGCAUCGUCUCAGCCCAAAAGGGAGUACCAGCCAAAACCUCGCAUGAGCCUGGACUUUUCAAGUGGAGAUAAUACCCAGCACAAUGGAGGGAUCUCUCAUGCUGGCACACCAAAACCACCAGGUGUUCACAUGGACCAGCCAUGCUGCCGAGCUCUGUAUGACUUUGAACCAGAAAAUGAAGGGGAGUUGGGCUUUAAAGAAGGAGAUAUCAUUACCCUCACUAACCAGAUUGAUGAGAACUGGUAUGAAGGGAUGCUUCAUGGCCAGUCAGGCUUCUUCCCCAUCAAUUAUGUGGAUAUUCUAGUUCCUUUGCCCCAUUAGGAUGGUUGUUUCACCAUCUCUUGACCCACAUAGUUAUGUUGAUACCACUGCUUUCAAAAUGCUGCUUACUACAGCUCACAAGUGCAAGCUGCAGUGGUUAGAGUCAUCCAGUCCCACUGAGCAUCUUUGAUUUACGUGUUGUUAUGCUCUGUAGCGGUGAUGUGUGGUAUCUUCUGACCCAGCACAAUGUAGCAUGCAGGUUCACAGGCUAUGUCAGCCUGUGAUGAUGACCAGGCCAUUGUUCAUAUGGUGUUGGGAAACAAAUAGCAAGCAAGAGUGAUGACAUGGAGUGAAGUAGUGGAAAGCAGUUGGAGUAUGGGGAAGAUAAUGCCCAUCACCACUGUACUACUUUUAAUUCUUAGUUUUUUUAUAAAAAAGAGUUAAAAGUUCUUGCCAUUCCAUCUUUCCUUUCCCAAGGAUGUGGUUCACACAGGUCUAAUAUUGCCUAACCAGCAUUGUGUCUUCUGAUCAAAAUGACUCAGAAUCCAUUACUGUUCUCAGAGAGGCAGUAUGAUGUAGACCCUUUGGUCUCCCUGAAAGUGAACUACCAUUGUAUUGUAUGUGCUGUUGACCUGCAGCUAGUUUUAUAUUGUGGAUUGUUACCUGAAGGCCUAUUCCAUCUGCAGGUAAAAUAUGAACCAUAGUAAAAAGGUCAGUAAUACAAAGUUGAGUUACAAGCCAAAUGUGUCUGCUCUUUAUAAAUGUUGAAAAUGAUAAAUGCAAUGCCAGCAGGAAGGGCAGGAUGGGGAAUAAAAUUCAUGUAAGUGUUAUCUCCUCUAUGUAAAGUUUUUGGCACAAAAAAGCACCAUUAAAGCACCAGGAGCCCUUAGUAGACUCAUCCAAAAAAAAAUUAAAAAAAUAACAGAAAAGUCCUUUUAUUUUUGUCUUAAGUUUGUGUUCUUUGAACAUCAUUUGUGCAUAUUCUGCCCUCAAUGAGGACUAAAUAAAAAUGAUUUUUCUUUGUGCCAAGCAAUUAAAGACUCGUGGCUGUGUCUACAAAAACUAUUCCCAUGCGUUUUCCAAAUUCUUUCUUUCUUUCUUUCUUUCUUUCUUUCUUUCUUUCUUUCUUUCUUUCUUUCUUUCUUUCUUUCUUUCUUUCUUUCUUUCUUUCUUUCCCUGUUUCUGCAACUUGUGUGUACAGUGCUGUACCCAGCUUCCCAACAUUCUUUUUGUAACAGUUGUAAGAGUUCUAUUAGUUAAGUUUUCCAGAGUUCUAUUUAUCUAAACUGUACAGACUCUUUCAGAGGUUUAAUGUGCUGCUUCAGAUGUGCCACUUCAGUACUGGAACAUGUGAAAUAAAGGCAAUUCCCUACCGCUUAAUGUAUAAACUAUAUCAUGGAAAGUAUUGAUAUUUCAAAUAAAUAAUGCUGGCAGAAUAA